CAAGCUAUGGACUCAAGAACGGUGUUUGUCUUAUUAUGGAUGUUGCUGUCGUCCACCUCUACUGGAAUCAAACUAGAUGGGAAACGGUUAUGUUGACGCGUUGUCAUUGCAAUAAGUUCGAAAAUACCACAGGAUGACACGCUCGUUGAUGAAAUCAAGGAGAUGGUCACUGAAGGGUCGCUUUAUCUUUAUGAAGCAUUAGAUAAAAAGGUCUAUUUUAAAGAAGCUACAAUCCUAGUCCCACCUCAGUGGAAUAGUAAGGAUUUUACCAAAGCAAGAACAGAGUCUUUUGAGAAGGCCAAAAUAAUAAUUGAUAAUCCUAAUCCAGUAUACGGUGAUGAACCCUACACUAAUCAAUACGGGGAAUGUGGAGCCGAGGGUCAAUACAUUCAUUUAACCCCCAACUUCCUCCGAGACAAGACACUCAUUAAUAUAUACGGGGCAAAAGGAAGGGUCUUGGUGCAUGAAUGGGCUCAUCUGAGAUGGGGCGUUUAUGAUGAAUACAGUGAAGAAAAGCCAUUCUACUACUCUAAUGGCAAAAUUGAAGCUACAAGGUGUAGCAAAAAUAUUGAAGGUCAGCAUUAUGAUGUUAUUACUGGAUCUCAGUGCCGCACGGAUCCACGGACUUCACUACCGACUAAUGGUUGCAAGUUUCUUCCUAACAAAUAUCAAAACACACACAAUUCCAUAAUGUUUCUACCUGGCCUGAAUUCUGUAAGCGCAUUUUGUCGUGAAAACGAGCACAACUAUGAAGCCCCAAACCUGCAGAAUAAAAAAUGUGGCAAAGCAACAUGGACUGUAAUAUUCGAGGAUUCUGUGGAUAAAAACGCACUUCGCUCUUUAAAACCACUGAAGUCUUCUCCACCAGCACCAUCUUUUAAGGUUGUGCAGCGAAUGCAUCGGGUCGUUUGUCUCGUACUUGAUGUCUCAGGAAGCAUGAAAGGCUCUAGAAUACUUCGACUGCAACAGGCUGCCACACAUUUCUUGCAGAAUAUCAUUGAGGACCAAUCCAGUGUUGGAAUUGUAACUUUUAGUACUUCUGCUUCUACUCUGAGUCAACUGACUACUAUUGACAAUGAGUCCACACGAGAGAAACUUAUCAAAUUGUUACCAAACGUAGCAGAUGGAUGGACAAACAUGUGCAAAGGCCUCAAUCUAGGCUUAGAGGACAACGGAGAUGUAAUAGGAGAUGAAAUAAUUUUUCUGACAGAUGGUGAAGCCACAGAUGACCUCAAUAGCUGUGUUCCAAGCGCAAUUAAUAGUGGCGCCAUUAUUCACACAAUUGCUUUGGGGGAUAAAGCAGAUAAAGCACUGAGAGAAAUGGCAGACAAAACUGGUGGGAAAUUUAUCACAGCCACUGAUGACAUUCUCUCUAAUCAACUACUGAAUGGAUUUUCUACAUUAACUAUACCUACAGGAGAUCAAACAAAAGACCCAGUUCAGAUAGACAGUGUGGGAGCAAAAACAUCUGAUUGGUUCAAUGGGACAGUAUCAGUCGAUCAGACUAUUGGUACCAAAACCAGCUUUACAAUAACCUAUGAAACAAGUGCACCUAAAGCCUACAUACAGUCACCUAGUGGCUUAGUCUACAAUCAAAUGCAGAUGCGCCAUGAUAAAUCAACAAAAACAAUAACUUUAAAAGUUCCAGGAACUGCACAGCCUGGGGACUGGAAGUACAGUAUCCAAAGUCCAACACUUCAAUCUCUGACUGUAACAGCAAUGAGUCAAGCGGCACGAGCUGAUGUUCCUCCUAUCAUUGUCAAAGCCCACAUGAACCAGAAGUUCAAUGAUGGCACUAAACCUAUGAUAGUGUUUGCUGAGGUUAGUCAGGAUUACAAGCCUGUAAAAAAUGCUGAAGUGUGGGCUACACUGGAGCCAGAAUCUGGUCCUGCACAAACAUUACAACUCCUGGACAACGGAGCAGGAGCUGAUGCUUUCAAAGAUGACGGCGUCUAUUCCAGAUAUUUCACAAAGAUGGUAAAUGGGAGAAGCAGCUUGAAAGUAAGAGCAAAGAAUCAAGAUGGACAAGCCAGAUUUACUUUCCAAAAAAGGGGCGGUGCUCCGUAUGUACCUGGAUAUGUAGUAAAUGGUGUGGUUGAACUGAACCCAUCAAAAUCUCCAGUUUUGUCAGAAUCACUUGUAAUUGGAAACUUCACCAGAACAGCCACCGGAGAGAGUUUUGAGGUUGUACUUAAAAGCACAACUCCACCAAAUUUCCCUCCGAACAGAAUCACAGAUCUGAGCGCUGAGAUCCAGGAGGACACUGUGCUUCUCAGCUGGACAGCUCCUGGUGAGGACCUCGACCAAGGGACAGCGAAAUCCUACAAGAUCAUGUGGAGCUUUGGCCUUCAAAUGCUUCGAUUGAACUUCAGCAACGCUCAUGAAGUCAUGAUAUCUGGCAUCUCACCUCAGGAGGCUGGAUCAGUUGAAACACAUUCAUUCAAUCUCAGUUUCCCAAUCCAAAAUGGCACCACACUCUUCUUUGCAGUUCAGUCUGAAGACAAAGAACAUGUCAAAUCUGAAAUCUCCAAUAUUGCUCAAGCUUCAAAGAUCAUACCUCUUCCAACACCCAAAGAGCUGUUAGAAGAGUUAGACAUGCAUAUUGUUUUCAUUGCAAUUUCUGUUUGUUUGGUCACUGUGGUGAUUACUGGCAUUAUUGCGAUAACAACAUGGGCGUUGAAAAAAAGUAAACCUUCUUAGACCACAACAAACAACAACAUCUGAUAGAAAGGAAAUCUUUACAUUACAAAGUUACUUUUGUCAAUAAUCAAAGAGUCUUUAUUUGUACGCAUUCUUGCUUUGCCAAAAUAUAAAAUGCAAAAUAAAGUUGGGGAAAAUAUGAUUCUAUUGCAAUUGUUUGUUAUUAUUAUGUGCACUUGUAAUUAAUACAGUAAUUAAUAAACGCAGCUUUGUUUAACCUGACUAAAACAUUAUAAUGUACAAAUUAUGAACAUAUUAACUCAAAUCUGUGCACUGUUAUGAUAAAUGAAUGUAUAAAUCUAUCAUAUUACUCAGUAGAAAACUU